UUUGCACUCCAGCCUCCAGCUUCCCAGAGUAUGUUGUUUGCGCAGCUUGGAGGUAGAGGCUCUCUGCAGCAGUGGCUACGCGGGUUCUGUUAGGAGCGCACUAGUCUGGACCAGGACCCGCACAGAUACAUCUGGAUCCUACCUCUGCAGCUGCCCUUGCUGGCCACCGGAGGGGCUGUGGGGAGGAAAUCAACCUGCUAUUUGUCCAGUCAAAGCGCUGCACCCACACACAGGGCUCACAAACUUCAGCAUGCAGGAAGUUUGGGGAGAACUCGGCGAUUAGGACCGGCAGUGGCGGCCGCUGAUUAUCUCUAGUGGCGCGACUCUAGGGCAGGCAGCAGUGAGGUGCAGAAUUCUCUGGUGGGAAAGCCCAGGUUUUUCUUGGAGCAACGUGGACCCGGGGACGCUGAUCCCGAUGUACCGUCUAGUCCUCUUGUACACUAUAAUGUGCGCAAACUUUUGCAGCUAUCGGGAUGGCUUGGCAAUUCCUCAAAGUGGAUCUAUUAAAGCUUUGCGCUCUUCUAACCUCAGGAGAGAUGCCGGCAAUCACCUCACAGACUUAUAUCGAAAAGAAGAGAUAAUCCAGGUGAUGGGAAAUGGCAUCGUACAAAGUCCUCGAUUCCCUAACAGCUACCCCAGGAAUCUGCUACUUACAUGGAGGCUCCGCUCCCAGGAAAAAACCAGAAUACAGCUGGCUUUUGAUAAUCAGUUUGGAUUGGAGGAACCUGAAAAUGAUAUCUGCAGGUAUGACUUUGUGGAGGUUGAAGAUAUAUCUGAAACCAGUACUGUUAUAAGAGGCCGGUGGUGUGGACAAAAGGAAGUCCCUCCAAGGAUAACUUCAAGAACAAACCAAAUAAAGAUAACCUUCAAGUCUGAUGACUAUUUUGUGGCUAAACCAGGAUUCAAGAUUUAUUAUUCUCUUGUGGAUAAUUUCCAACCUCCAGCAGCCUCAGAGACCAACUGGGAGUCAGUCACAAGCUCCCUUUCAGGGGUAUCCUAUCACUCUCCAUCAGUGACCGAUCCCACGCUCACAGCAGAUGCUCUCGAUCAGACAGUAGCUGGAUUUGACACUGUGGAAGACCUGCUCAAGCACUUUAAUCCAGAAACCUGGCAGGAAGAUCUUGAAAAUCUAUAUAUGGAUACCCCUCAAUAUCGAGGCAGGUCUUACUAUGACAGGAAAUCCAAAGUGGACCUGGAUCGGCUGAAUGAUGAUGUCAAGCGCUACAGUUGCACUCCAAGGAACUACUCUGUCAAUCUGAGAGAAGAGCUCAGGCUGACCAAUGUCAUUUUCUUUCCACGGUGCCUUCUCGUCCAGCGCUGCGGUGGGAACUGCGGCUGCGGAUCGAACAACUGGAAAUCCUGCACAUGCACCUCGGGGAAAACUGUGAAAAAGUACCACGAGGUGCUGAAAAUUGAACCUAGUCAUUUCAAGAGAAAGGGAAAAACUAAGAACAUGGCUCUGAUUGAUAUUCAACUGGAUCAUCAUGAGCGCUGUGAUUGUAUAUGUAGUUCACGACCACCUCGAUAAAAAUCAAUGGACAUGCUCUUUUUAAGAGUCAAAGACCUUUUCAUUUUAAGGAGGGUGCUGUAAGAGAACCUUCUCCUAUAGACAUCAGAACUUUGCUACUAGCCUGCAUUGCAAUGAGUAAAACUGAUGGCUGAAUUUCAGCAUAGCUUUGCUAGUGCCACGGCAGCUAGAUAUGUGUAUUAUAGACUUCUGUAUCCAAAAAUUUAGGACUAAGUUUAGUAGUGCUAUCUGAGAUAAGGUCAACAUAAAUACACAUAAUAUAUCUGUGUCUAUCUAUCUACAUGUAAAUAGGUAGAUUGAAUGGUUUCUCCAAUUUAUAUAAGCAGCUAUAACUAGAUUCUACAUCUGGAUUUAUGUCUUAUUCUCAUGAAGCCCUUUGAAGAAGCCAGUGAAUUGUGAAAUAGCCAGUUUUGUCUAUUUGUGUAAAACAGUUUUGAAUCUUUAAGACAUCAAACUUUUGAAAAAAACAUGACUUUUCUUACAUAUACUUCAAAAUUAAGAAUAUAAACAUGAAAAAAAUGUGGUUAUAAGGAAAAGUUCAAAUGUUGAAUGGUUAAUUCUUUUAAGAUACAUUAGGCUUUCUAUAGGAUAAGCAGUAGUAAUCCAUCCCUCCAAUUGUACCAGAAUAUAUAGUUUGUAGAAAUAUAUAUUCCUACCAUUGGAAUAUCUAUUCAUUUGCAUUUUGCUGAGGCAUGUUAAUUUAUUUAGCAGCAUCUGUCUCUGAAAAAUGAUGUUCAGAAAGGGAUGUUUCUAAUGUUGCAAAUAAAAGAUGCACCUUAAGAACCUGAACUCUGAAGGAAAGCUACUCAUGCUUAUUCAGAGUAUAUGAAAGUGCUCUAAAUUCUUUUCUUAAAAAACCAAAAAUGCCUUUCCAGGAUAGCUUGUAAACUCUCAGUCAUUCUUCCAGAUGUUAUUUCCUAUAAGAUGUUGGCUGUUAAAAACCAGAAAAAAAGGGAGUUUUUGAGUGUUAACAUAACUGAAAAUGGGCUAGAACAUUUAAUGGCUGAGGAUCUAGGCUUAAUAGUAGGUUCAAGCUCUCUCUAACUGCAUCAAUUCAUUUUUAUGUGCACAGCUUUUGUGUUCUUGUCUCUUAGAUAUAUAGAAGUGGAUUUAUAACAAUAUUCUGGGCAUGGGCUGAAACUGGCAAGCUGUCACAAAAUAUUUAUAACUUUAAAGCUCUUGUGUUUUAAUAAUAGGAAACAUUUUGUAGUUGUUACAUCCCUAAUCUCAUACCUACCAACAUGAUGCAUUUCUCUUUUGGAAUCAAACAAAGUCAGGGACUUUCUAUAACUCUGUAACUUUAUUGAGGAAGUCCUAGGAGCAGUGAAGUAAAUAUUGUGUUAAUGCCAAUUCAGCUCUGCUCUUUCACAUGAAAAUCCAACUGUUUUUAUUUGUUUAUUAUUAUUAUUUAUAGUCAUUUUUUUUCCUUUCUGGCUCCCAAUUGUCUAUUUAAGAAGAGACUUACUAGAGAGGAGGAAAAUGAUUCACCAUUCUAUGAACCAGCCUCUUCAUAGAGCAGCACUGACAUCAAAUUGCCAAUGCUAAGCCUCUUUUUUAUUAUUAGUUUUCUUAAGGCUGCUUCGAGUGAGCUUCAUUUUUCUUCCUGUUUUAGAAGAUAACAGGACUGCCAGAUUUUUCUAUGGUGCUAGGUUCACAUUUGUUAACAGCAGAAGAAAAUGUUCAGCUAUUCCAAAUAGGUUGAGACAGGGAUCUGGUUAAAUCCAGAAGUAGAAAGAAUGUUGGGUAUUUUUUUUUGGGUUAGCAGAAAGUCAACACCUAAUUUUGAUGAUCUUUAAUAUUCCUUAAGUUUCCAUGUGUUUUUCGUUCUGGUUUUAUUUUUGUUUUUUUCUGUAAGAGAAAUGAGCUGAAACUUCCCAUUUGUCACUUCCUCAAUCUCAAAGCACAGAAAUGGUUUGGUAAGGGCAAUUUCAAGUGUUGAAAAAUCCCCAAAUUGAAAGUGGCGUGCAUAUUAAUAAGAGAGAACCAUAAACUUAGUCCAUUGUGGAUUGCCAUGAUCUUUUUGAAAACUAUUCCAAUUUUUUUGCAUAAUAUGAGUUGAAGACAAUACCCAACAUGACUAAAAAAUAAGAACAGUUGAGUUCUCUACUAAUUUUUGAUGCCGUAAAAACCCAAUAAAGGUUCCAGUAUAGGUCAUAUCCAAGUUUUUUGACAAUAGCCAAACAUUCAAGAAGACAUUCACUGUCUGGGGUAUUUUGAGAGUGUUUUUUUGGUUGUUCCUGGAUAUUUUAUUGAUAUUUUCCCCAGUUAUCUUUUUUUUUUCUAUUGCAUUCCUCUAAAAUAUUUGAUUAAACUUGUUUAUUGUCAUUAAAUGCAUAGAACACUGGAUUUGAAAUCAGGAAGGCCUGAGCUUGAAUCCUGCCUGAAUCAACAUCAUGAUAAAGUGAAGAUAUCCAGGAUGUCCCCAAAAUUUGUGUCACUUAUAAUAUUGAGAAUUUUGGGCCUUCUUAUAUUUAAAGUGCUUGGCAAAGAUUAAAGAAAAUAUAAAUCCUAGCUAUUAUAGGAAUGAAAAAUCCAACAUCAUAAAUUUCAUUCCCCCCAAAAGUUAAUAAAUCCAGAUUUUCAUAUGACUUAUUUAUAUGGGAUGUCAUUCUUUAUUCAAUGGAUGUUUGUAGGGCAGAACACUUUUCUAAGUGCAAUUUUUAUGUGUUAUAGCUACCCCCACCUUCAAACAAUAGCAUUUCAUUUUAUGUAUCAAAACCUAAUGUCUCAUCUUCCUGGAAAAUAAAUAUUGCUUUUGAAAGAAAA